UCCUCGUAGUCCUCGUGCUCGCUACUAGUCUUCGGCUUGCGCGUUGCUUUUAUAGGUUAAGUUAACGGUACUUGACAGUAUACUCGUCACAUUUGAGUAUUAUUUCGAUCAGUACCGCGAUCCGAUUGUACAAAUAAUCGCGAUAUGGUCGUCUUUACUUGCAACCAUUGCGGCGACUCGGUGAAAAAGCCCAAAGUGGCUGUACAUUAUCAAGUGUGCCGGAACGCGCCCUUCUUAACCUGCGUGGACUGCCACAAGGAUUUUCGAGAUGACGAGUACGUCGCGCACACGAAAUGCAUAACCGAAGCCGAGAGGUACGGCGCGAAGGAUUAUGUCCCAAAGCCUGGUGCAAAUAAGGGCGAGCGCAAGCAGCAGGAAUGGAUUAACGUUGUUAAUAAUUUGCUGAACGGGACAGUGAAUCUAUCCAAUGCGGAACGGAGCUUUCUGAACAUUUUAUCGAACUACGACAAUGUACCAAGGAAGAAGGCCAAGUUUCUUAACUUCGUCCGCAAUGCGAUAGGCAAUCGUGCGAACGCGACUGUUGUGGAGAGUGUUUGGGACAAAAUGGAAAAUGCGCACAAGCAAAGUCAACAAGUGUCCGCUAAGACUCCAGAGAAAGAUACUGUACAAAAUCAGGAGCAGAGCGAAGCGGACGAAAUGACGUGCACCCGAAAAAUGGAUUCUAGUAACUCGUUUGACAAUCAAAAUAUCGCUGAGAAUCAAAACAAUGAAAAUAUAAGCAAAGAGAAUCAUUCUGCGAGUCAUCAAAACGGAGGUGACGAAGCACGCGAGAUGACUAAUGGGCUAUACGAAAGGCGAAAUAAAUCCAAAAAACGCCAGUUGGAACCGAUCAACAUUCAAUCAGAGACCGAUCAAACUGUUGUGAAGAUUAGAAAACGAUCUGUUUCGGAAACAAACGAUGGAAGUGAUGUCUCUAGGUUCCGCUGGAAAGAGACCAUCUUAGACAUUUUACAAACCAAGGGUGAAAUGCCUUUAAGAAAACUACGAGAUAAAGUUAUGAAAAAAUGUAUAUAUUACGUUUUUAACUUGAAUGAUGAUACCUUCAAAUUGACUGAAUAUGAAAAAGCUAUUGCGAAGUUUAACAAAACAGUAGAAAAGUUAAAAGAAUCAUCUGCAAUAUGUAUUUCAGAUAAUAAAGUGAAAUUAGUCAAAUAAAUCUAUGCAUCAUUUUUAUAUAAAAUAAAGUCAGAGAGGAAUGCUAAAUAGAUGUUACAUAAUUUAAAAAAAAACUUGACUUGAAUAGACUGUUUAUAAAAAAUUAUGAUGGCAAACUAGU